GGCUGGGAGUUAGGGUGGGGCUCGGGGCUGAUUCUCAUCCCCCAAUCCCCCAAACCUAUUUUUUGGUGCCAGAUUCACUGGUAUUCUUCAGGAAGGGCUGAGAGUGAAGAGCCAUCUGUGGAGGCCACCCAUCUUUCCCUGAGACACAAUGAACAACACAGAAUCAGGUGCAGGUCUUGGACGAUGUGGGCCUUGGGAUGAUCCUGCCCGCUUCAUUGUGGUGCCAGCAGCCUAUGCGGUGGCCCUGAGUCUGGGUCUGCCUGCCAACCUGGCUGCCUUGGCCGUCUUUGGGAGUGGCGGGGGGAGGCUAGGCCAGGCCUUGCGCCUCUAUCUGCUCAACCUGGCUGUGGCCGAUAUCCUCUUCACCCUCACGCUGCCCUUCUGGCUCACCUACUACUUGGGCCAUGCCCACUGGCCCUUCCCUGCCUCCGUCUGCCACGUCACCGGAGCCACGUACUAUGCUGCCACUUAUGCUGCCAUCUCCUUCAUGGUUCUUAUCAGCGUCAGCCGGUAUUGCACCGUGCAGGGGCCCAAGCCUGGGUUCGGUGCCCGCCUGCCCCUCAACCAGCUUCGAGUGGCCCAGGCUGCCUGUACUGCUACAUGGAUGCUCUGCUUGGCCUGCGCCGCUCCAUCCCUGGUCUCUGCCCGGGCUCUGCGCCCUGGCCCGGGGGGCACUACCCGCUGCUUCGAGCAUGGCUGGGCCUGGCAAGACAUGGCCUACAUCACGGUGGGCUUCUUCGUCGUCGCCUUCCUGUUGGUCCUCGGGGCCUACAUAUCACUGGCUCGGGUGCUGGUGGUGCCUCCUGCACCGAGAGGGGCCUCUCUGGGCCCUUUAGCCAGCGGCUCCCACCGACGAAUGGCACGGACGAUGGUGCUGGGGCUGCUGCUGGUGUUUGCUGUCUGCCUGGCGCCCUACCACCUCAUCCUGGCACCCUGGGUAGCGGGGCAGGAGGGGAACGAUGGUGACAAUGGAGAUAGUGAGUGUCGGGUGCCUUCCACGCUGGAUGUCCUCCAUACCCUCAGUCUGGCCCUUCUCAGUCUCAACAGUUGCCUCGACCCCCUCGUCUACUGCUUUUCUUUACGCCGGUUCCGCCAGGACUGCCGGGGGCUCAGCUGCUGCCCCGGGUCCAGAGGGACCAGGACCCCAGCCGCUUCUUGUUCUUCCUCGUAGGGGAUGCCCAACCCCGCCCAGGGCUGCCCCUCUUUCCUAGGGCCAGUGAAUAGGGUGAAGAUGAGGGUGGUGAGACGUGAAUGGGACUGUGCCCAGAGUUCAUAGGAAACAGGGAUUUGGCCGUAUUUUCUUUUUUUUACCCAUUUCAAUCUGGGGUCCUUGUCUUGGGUUCCAGACCAAGAUAGGGUCCAGGAGAACAAUUCCUGUGCUUUGAGGUUCUGAGAAGUAAAAAUUCUACCCCAAA